AUGGCAAGGGCUUGGAGAACCUACAGAUCUCAGUUGCAUGAUUACUUUAAAGGGAUUGGAGGACCAGUAGAUCCAACAAAGGCAAAGACUACACCCCCUCCAAAUAUGGGUAGCAAAUAUGAUUGGGAGUAUCUUUGUGAUAUGUGGUGUGAGCCAAAAUACAUGGAGACUGCAGAAAAGAGGGUUAUGGCUCGUGGAAAGCGUAAAAUGAAUAGUAGAAAUGGUUCAAAAAGUACAAUAUGCUAUCACAUCGAACGUGGACUUGAUUUGGAUUCUUCAAUGGGUCAAAUUGAGACUUGGAGGCUUACACAUUGGGAUGAGAAAAAAGGGUGGAGAUCUACCGAUGCAGCUGCAAAAUAUUUAAGUUUACUUGCUCAUUUUUUAUUUGUACUUAUUAAAACGGAUUAG